AUGGGUCUUCACGUUACGCCGUAUGGCACAUUCUAUGUGCAGCGAAGCCUCCGGACAGGUGAAGUCAUGCAAGUCUUGCCAGUGAAACGGCCAGAUAUGCCGAGUCAUCUUCCGUCCGUCGAUUCCCUCGGAAUCACUGAAAAUUUUAUCGAGAGCCGCCGGGCAUCACUAGCAGCGGACACAGCACGGGCAGAAGAUUCACAAGGGCGGUUGCAGCAAGAGCUGGCAACAGCUGGCGGCGAAAGCCUUUUGGCAACAGGCAAGGCAGUUUUGGCACAAAACGGCGGCAGCGGCGGCGACAGCGGCGGCAACAGAAGCAGCAACACACACAGCUCACCUUUGGCACCAAAUUACGACGGGGACGUGGAGAUGGCCUAUGGCUCAUCCACGUCGGGGUCAGCAAGUGGCGCGCCGACAUCGCCAGUUUCAUACCCGCACUCUGCAGCGCGGCAGAGAAGAAGCAGUAGCCAUCGGAGCAGCAAUACGAACUACGUCCUCACUACGGUGAAUCUUCCUCCGUUCCGCGAGAUCGACUCGGCCAGGGCUCUAACCCACGAGGAAGAGCUUCGCCACGAAGAGCUGGUUUCCAGUAGAGGAGGGGGCCGUGGCAGCCGGAGUAAGUCAACGGCCUCACCACGCAUGGCGAGCCUACUCCACAGCAGCAGCCGGAACUGCAGUCGCAGCAACAGCACGAGCCACGGGCACGGUUACGGGAAUGGCCACCACAGCAGCAGCAGCAGCAGCAACAACAACGCAUUUAGCAUCAGCAACAUGAUCAGCCACGGAAGUGAAGGUAGCGCGAGCAGCGUGUAUAGUGUGAGCGAAGUGAGCACGCCUUCUGGGCCCGUUUCGCCCGGCCCGGACUACUAUUACUGCAAUAGCAACAACGGCUACUCUCCAGCGACGACAUAUGCCGCCGUGUCACCUGCAGCAUCGUUUGGCGGAAAUAGCGGUUGCGGCAUGGUGGUCGACGAAAGCGCUUCACCGCAGGUACCUGCACCUGUGCGCCGUUCAAGCCAGUCAAGCACGCCUCGGGCGGGCCGUGGACACAGGACUGGCACAUCACCAUCGCCUGGCCAGGCCCCAACACGUGUACCCGGGCCCUAUGCUCCCUCUGCGGCCACAUAUGCUCCUCCUGUUCCCCAUGCGGCACCUCCCUUGCCUCCUUCACCACUUGCUGCUGCGGAGGCUGCUCCACUGAAGAAGAACAAGACGGUGUGGAUUAUCCGCACGCUGGAGCCGCGCAAGGUGACAUCACGACGGACAGCCGACGGCACUGACGACUACGAGCCGCAGCGAGUACAGACCCACGUGGAGACGCACAUUGUGCCUUGA